AUGGCCGUCCGAACCGCCGAAGUAGCCGCCCCUGCCGUCACCACCGCACCGACCGGCACUCCCGUGCCCGUCGCGACGGUGGCACUCACGACGACCUUCACGCCGCCCGCAGAAUGUACCGAGAAUCACUUGACCAUGUUGGUCGGCGCCCUCGAGAAGAUCUGGAUUAACGAGCCCGUACCUCUACCCAACUCGACCCUCUCAUCCUGCCACCCCACGCAAUGGGUUAACGGCUACUCAUCCGCCCUCUCCGCCUCCAGCUCCAUCGCACCCUUCAUGAGCCCUCUUGUUUGCCCGAGCGGAUACAGCACAGAGAGCAGCACCUGGUCAAGCGGAUACAUUGCCUGCUGCGCUUCCGGCUUCACCUUCGCUGCACCCGCCAAGACCGCCGACGCCGAUCGCCCGGCUUACGGCGGCACAUGCUACAGCAACUUCGACCUCAGCCAGACCGCUACCGUCACCGUCUACAACCCUGAGGAACUCUCCACCACCAUCGCCUGGGUUGCGACAACAACGCCCGCACAAGCCUACGCUCACCCCAUCGACGGUAUUGCAGCAGACUACACACCGGGCGCCUCCACCUCAGGUUCAUCCGGAUCAACAAAAACUAACAGCGCCGGUGUGGCUGUCGAGACGGACGAGAACGCGGCGCCUAGAUUGGGAGGUAACUCAAGGGCAGCAUUCAUUGUUGGGUUCUUGCUCGCGAGUGUGAUGAUGUGGUAG